AUGUCUCGCGUUUCAACACAACCACAGCAUUCGCUAAAUCGAAAUGGCGUACCUUUACAACCAAAGUUAGCAUCGUUCGUAACGUCAGUCACAAAUGCACAUAAGGCUUUUAAACUAAAAAGUGGCGCACAAAAACCAUUGGCAAAAGUCGUUAUCCAAAAUUGUGCGAUAUGCAAUAAACCAUAUACAGAUCCACGAGUGCUACCUUGUUCACACACAUUUUGUUUGGACUGCAUCGAAAACAAAUUGAUCAAAAACAAUAGUCUCACAUGUGAAAAAUGUUUUGAUGUUCAAUCUCCAUUUGAUGAACAACGGGCACAAGACUUACCAAAAAAUAUGAUUCUGGAUCCAACCCAAUCAAAAAACCAACUUCUAUCACAAAAAAGUUUUGGAGCUACUUAUGGUUCAAAAAGUAGUAUUGGAAAACUGAAUCAAAGUAACAGUACGACAUCAUCAAUAGCAACGAAUACACAGCAACAAAAAACAUUCGCAUCUACACAACAGCCGACAGAGAUACAGUUUCUGGAAACCUCUGUACACGACCGAACAUCCGAAGCAACAUCUCGUACUUCGUCAACCAAUGACAAUGGUUUUAGCCGCAUACAAGAUUUGCAAACACUGCUGCGAAGCGAUGGUGGUAUAACAAAUUUAGUAACAAUAUUUUCAGACGCAAAAAAUCAAAGUGAAAAUCCAGGACUAAGCGCUAGUAGUCAAAAAUAUGAUGAACUAACGCGAAUAUUUCGUGAAGCAACUGCAGUAAAUCGAACUGAUGAUCAUUAUGAAGAAAUCACCUGGGAUUCACUUGUUAACGGAAAUCCGCACGCGUCUCCUCUACCAGAAAACUCGCAAUCACACAAAACUACAUCAGAAACCAAUAAAUAUUCAACAAUAGCAUCGAUUGUUAAACCAUUUGAUGAUGAUGAAUAUGAAAAUCGAUAUCGAACAUUAGAAAAAAAAUCAUCGAUAAUAACGAAUGAUGCACAAAAUUCACAAGAGAUCAUUACUCCCAUUCAACGAUCACGUGAAACUUCAUCCACAUCAUCGCCAAUACAGCAACGUAAAUCAUAUCUAGAUCAAACAGAUAUUGAACAUCAGAAUAAGAAUUAUUCACCACGUCAUUCAAAUUCCGGAACUGAACCCAUACAAGGCCAUCAAUUGUUCAAUUCACAAAUAAGUCACGAUUCCACUGCCAUUGCCAAGUCCAGAAUUGGGCAAACACAAGACGAUACUAAUGCAGCUAGUUUUUCUAAUUAUAAUAAACGUGAGUCUAUAAAUAGUCAACGUAACAUAUCAGAUAAACGAUCAAAUAGUCGCAAUGAUAAUACACGCGACAAUGAUGAUAAUUACAGUACACCGACAGGAACCGAUCGUCCACCGUCACGUCAAGGUAGUGUUCAGCAACAACUUCAUCAAGAUCAUGGUUACUCAGCUGCCCAUGAUAAUAAUACGAGAUAUCGUCCAUCAGCAAAUCGUGUUAGUGUUGCAUCAUCAUCGACUCAUGGAAAUGAUCAACAACAAGACCGUCCAUCAUCAGUUGUUAGUUCAGAUCGUCAAUCAUCAACAUCAAAACGUGAUAGUAUACGUUCUGAAUCAAAAUUUCAGCCAUUACCAUCUCAUGUAAAAGAAGCUAAAGUCGGCAGUAAUAAACGUUCAUCAUCUGCUUCGUCUUCUACAAAAUCAUACCGUUCAGCAGAUAACAAAGAUCGUUUUAAUCCUGACUCCGAAUUUUCACCGCUUAAGCAACCAAAUGAUCUAGAAAGUGGUUCAACAACACCCACAGGACAACGUACACCACGUCAAGACGACGAUGAUGAUCAGAAUUACUAUGCUCGAAUUGAUGAUCAAAGACGUAUUUCAAAUAUAUCUGAUAGAUCUCAACAAAGGCGAUUUCGUACAAAUUCAGGUGGCAAUAGUGAAAGUCAUUACUUAGCACCAGAAUUAUCUACAUAUACCCCAACAAAUUUUAAUCGUUCAUCAUCUUCGUACAAAAACAGUUUUAAUAAUAAUAAUAAUCUUAGUAGAUCAAGCCCAAUGGUAUCCUCAAACUCAUUAAUCGUUUCGAAUGUAACAUCAAAAGUUGAAAAUUUAUUACAUGAUCAAAAACAUUUAGAACAAGAAAUUGAAGAUACACUGAAACGUUUGACAUACGAUUAUGAAGAUAUCAAAACACAAAUUGAAAAGAAAGAAUCGGCUAUACAUGCAGAAGUUAAACAUAUUAGUAAGCAGUUAGAUAAAGGCAUCACUGAACAUUAUUAUCGUAAACAAAAAAUAUAUUCGUCUUUGGCAGAUCAAACACAAUCGGUCGGUAAUGAAUUAAAACGUUUGAAACAAACAGAUCAAUAUAGUAUCCAACAAUUAAUAACUGGAAAUAAAUUAUGGGAUAAUUUAGAACAAUUAGAACAAAAUAUUCAACAAAUAAGAAGUGCGGUUGAAAAUGAAAAAGGACCACAGGCAGCACUAAAGUUUGAAGAAGGUAAAAGAGCAUUAACAGCAGAUACAAUUGGACAAAUUACAUACAAUGAUAAUCAACAACAAUGGAGUAGAAGACAAAUAUCGUCUUACGAUGAUACCUAUGAUAGAAACUAUCGAAUUCAACAAUUAUUUCAUCAAUCGAUACAACCCCAAGCACUAAACAAUACAACAGCCCUGACACCAAACAAAUCUAUUAAGAUUGAUCAUUUGAGUAAUCUAGAACCGGAAGCUAUCGCGAUAGUCAAUCAUAGCAACAAAAUACUGUUAGGCAUUUGUAAUGAAUUAUUCAUCUUGAAUGAUUAUGGUGAAGUACUGAAAAAAAUAUUGUUAACACCGUCCAUUCGAGGUAUAGCAAUAUCAAAAAAACAAUCAACUAGCAAUAUUGCCUAUAUUUCAAAUGAUGAAACAGUAUCAAUGAUUGACAUUGAAAAUGGAAAGUUAAUUGAUUGUGUUAAAGAAACGAAUUCACAUGGUCAAUCAGGAACAUUUCUACCAUUGGGUAUUGAUACGGACGAUAUUCACGGUCAUGUGUAUGUAUGCGAUUAUCUUAAUUCAUGUAUUAUUAAAUUUGAUGAUAAAUUAGAAUUUCUAACACAAUGGCGUGUAUUUAAUCAGUCUGAUAAUUAUGACGAAGCGCGUCCAAAAUUAAUAUCUGUGUAUGGAACUAAAUUAUAUAUGAUUGUUGAACAUUGUAAACCCUCUUACGAUCAUGAUAUUGCCUAUACAUUUUCAUUACAAAUAUGUGACAGUCAUAAUGGUCAAAUAAUAAAAAUAAUCGAUGAUCAAUUAUUAUUAACACAACGUUUACGUUGGCCAUGUAGUGUACAAGCCAUUAAUGAUGAAAAAUGUUAUAUUUUAGAUACAAUGACAAGUGGAAAAUAUUUCAAUGGACAAUGGCAAAAACAUUGGUCACGAGUAUUAGAAAUACAAUCACAAGGGCAACCAGUUACUGAACUAUUUCAAUUAGAUAGUGAAGUAGCAACAAUGGCCAUGUCUAAACAGACUAUGAUUAUUGCUACAAACGAUGAAAUUUUAUAUGUUGAUUUAAAAUUUAUAUUGAAUACUAAUAAUCGUGAUAAAGGAUUAAAUUCAAUAUCAUCAGUUAAACCACGUACAACAUCGUCAUCAUCGACAAUAACAAAAGCAUCUCGAACCAGUAAAAUAAUACCAAUUGAUGAUGAUUCAUCGAGAUAUAUGAAUAUAACAACAAUAACAAAUGAUUACAAUAACGGAGGAGGACAAUAUGAUCAUGAUUAUCGAAAUUCAUAA